CCAAGUCUUUAGUCUCGCGGGCGGAAAUGCAAAACGAAAGAAAACGUACAUAUUUUGAUAUUUUGCUAAACGUGUGGUACGCUGAAGUGUAUGAUUCGCUUUAGGACCGACUUAGUUAAAUCUUUAGCAACCAAGCAGAUUUGUUUUAGAAAGAUGUGAUUUACAGUUGAUAAAGAGAUGAAGUGAAAAACAAUAUUUAUUAAAGAUAGCAAUGGGUAGACGUCGCUCUUCUUACAGUUCUUCUAGUGACAGUUCAUCUGAUGACAGCAGGAAACGUAGUCGAUCUUUGUCGCCUAGUAAUAAACGUCACAGAAAAUAUUCACAAAGUCGUUCUAGAUCCCCGCCAAGCCAUUCUAGAUCCCCUCCACGGCAAGCAAAAAACUAUAAAAGAUCUCGAUCACGAACACCGGAAUAUAAAUACUCAAAAUCUUCUAAACAAUACAGAUCAAGAUCUCCCAAUUACAGAAGAUCUAGGUCACCACAGGUCAGAAGAUCAUGGUCACCAGCAUACAGGUCAAGGUCUCCAGCAUACAGGCCAAGGUCACCACAAUCUAGGUCAAGACCUCCCAAUGAUAGAGGUCCCCCAAAUCAAGUUGGCAGAAAUCACCAUAGUAACAGCUUUCAUAGAGAAAAUGGCCAUCACCAUGGUCACCAUCAUAAUCACCAUAGAGACAGUCCUGAUGUCAUGGAAAUGAGAAGAAUAGAAAGAGAACGAUUAGGUGCUAUGGGUGUUUGUGAAGUUUGGGGAGCAUCUCCGCCCCAUCCCCUCACCGACAGUUCUGAAUCAGAAGCUGAAAAGAAACUGGAUAACAGUGACUCUGAUACAGAUUCUGAUGACAGUAGUUCAGAAGAAGAGAAGAAGAAGAAGAAAAAAACUAAGUCUAGUAAAUCAAGUAAAAAGAGGAAAAAAGAGAAAAAAAAGAAGAAGAAAAGUAAGAAAUUAAAGAAGGAAAAAAAAGCGAAAAAGAAAAAAAAGAAGAAAGACAGUGAAUCAUCGGAUGAAGAAUUGGACGAAGAAGAAGAAGAGGAGAUGGAAAUAUGGACAGAAAAAAAAGUAAAUGUUGGUGUAGAGGAUGAUGGUGAUGUUGUUGGACCUCAACCUUACACACAAUCAGCUCAAGCCAGUAAAUUAGAUUAUGGACAUGCGUUGUUACCAGGUGAAGGUGCUGCUAUGGCUGCCUAUAUAGCAGAAGGUAAGAGAAUUCCCAGAAGAGGAGAGAUUGGUCUAGAGAGUGAGGAAAUAGAAAGUUUUGAAUCCAUGGGUUUCGUGAUGAGUGGAAGCAGACAUCGACGAAUGGAGGCUGUACGUCUGCGGAAAGAAAACCAGAUUUAUUCUGCCGAUGAGAAACGAGCCUUAGCGAACUUUAAUCACGAAGAACGGACAAAACGUGAAACAAAAAUCUUAUCACAGUUUCGUGAAAUGGUGUCGCGGAAAACACAGGGCAAAGAGUAGAUAUGAACUAUUAAAUUGGACAAGGCAGCACCAAGUGUUGAAAGUGUUAUGUAGUUAUGAUUAAGCGUUCAUAGGAAACUUGAGAUAUUGACACUAACUGAUGAUCUCUUAGUAUUAAUCGAUUCUUGACAAUAAUAAAUUGAUCAGAUUAACCUGUUUAAAUAAUUCCAGGUGAUUCAUAGUGAAGAGAUAUAAUUCCUUGUUAUCAAUGUUAAUAUACUAACUCCAUUGAUAAUCACUGUGUUAAUAGAAAUCAUUGUGUAUGAUAUUCAUAAGAAACACCAGUUGUAUUAAUUUUUAUCAAAUUGUAAAAUAAACCUUCAUUAUGUAUGGUAUGAUAUACUGAUAUAUGGUAUGAUAUACUGGUAUAUGGUCUGAUAUAUGGUAUGGUAUACUGAUAUAUGGUAUGAUAUACUGAUAUAUGGUAUGAUAUACUGAUAUGUAAUAAACUACACUAUAUCGAAUUUCAAAA